UCCCGACCGGCGCCUUUUCUUUGCCGGAGGCGCGAGGCAGCAGAGGAGCCCGGGCCCAAGGCAGCAGCAGCAGCAGCAGCCGCAGCCACUCCGGACUCACAGAGGGACCCGCGCGGGAAGGAACCGGAGGCCCAGCUCUCUCGCCACCGCCACCGGAGCCAUGGGUUUGCUAGACUGCUGUGCCAGAUGCCUUGUCGGGGCGCCUGUUGCCUCUCUGGUGGCCACCGGACUGUGUUUCCUGGGGGUAGCUCUCUUUUGUGGCUGCGGACAUGAAGCACUCACGGGCACAGAGCACCUGGUCGAGACCUACUUCUCCAAAAACUACCAGGACUAUGAGUAUCUGGUGGAUGUGAUCCAUGACUUCCAGUACGCCAUUUACGGGAUUGCUGGCUUCUUCUUCCUCUUUGGAGCCCUCCUCUUGGCCGAAGGCUUUUACACCACCGGCGCUGUCAGGCAGAUCUUUGGCGACUACAAGACCACCAUCUGUGGCAAGGGCCUCAGCGCUACGGUAACAGGGGGCCACAAGGGGAGGGGUUCCAGAGGACACCGGCAAGCUCACUCUAUGGAGCUGGUGUGUCAGUGUCUGGGAAAAUGGCUAGGACAUCCUGACAAGUUUGUGGGCAUCACCUACGCUUUGGCUGUCAUCUGGCUCCUGGUGCUGGCCUGUGCCGCAGUUCCCGUCUACAUCUACUUCAACACCUGGACAACAUGCAACUCCAUUGCCAACCCCAGCAAGACGGCAGCUGGCAUUGGCAAUCUCUGCACUGAUGCCAGGAUGUACGGUGUCCUUCCGUGGAAUGCCUCCCCAGGAAGAGUGUGCGGCCAGAGCCUCCUUUCCAUCUGCAAGACAUCUGAGUUCCAGAUGACUUUCCACCUGUUUGUUGCUGCGUUUGUGGGUGCUGCGAUCACUCUGGUGGCCCUGCUCACUUUCAUCAUUGCCGCCACCUACAACUUUGCGGUCCUCAAACUGAUGGGCCGGGGCACGAAGUUCUAAACAGCGAGGGAGAGGCGCCACCUUUGCAAGAUGCUCUUUCCUCCUCUAACUACAAGGCUUUAACCCGGUUGCUCCUCUGCACCAAGUCUCCUCCUUUAACUCCACCUGACUGCCUGUUUCCCCUCCUUUUUCCUUUAGCAGCUGCUUGGAGGGGAGCCAGUGGAAAGGGAGACUCACACGCACCCAAAACACACACACACACACACACUCCUCUGUUGGUGGAUGGACUCUUUUUGGCAGCCCCUUGGCUCUCUGCCUUGGCCCCCACAGCGGCCCUCUGGCUCAGCCCAGAAGGGAGUCUCCCUGAGAGCAACCCAGCAGGUCUGUUCCACUGCUUCUGCUCCAAAGGAGAAAGAAAUCCCAACUGUUAGGUGCUGAGGCCAUCCUACUCCAGAGCCAGAGCCAGAGCGAGUAGAGAGAGAAAGGCAUGUGCUCAGGAAGGCUCUCCUUGGCACAAGAGAUGGGUCUCAGCAGGCAGAGGAAGGAGAGACAUACAUGUGCAGCCCUGCCUGUCGCUGCUCAGGUGUGGGGGGAGGGGAUUAGAGCAAGGAUCUUCCCACAAUGGGGAGAGAGCACUGACCCCAGCAACAAGGCCAACAAGGAUCCCUCCUUUCCUGUAACCUAACCCACCCAACUGACAAGCAAGAAGCAGCUUGGUGCCCCCCCACUCUCUUAGCUGGAACGGGGGACUCUUUGCCUUUGCACUUGGGCAGGGAAGAGCCAGGCUGUUCUUCUCGUGUCCCAUGCGCUGCCAUUCCUAAGCAUUUGGACAUGGUCUUCCCUGUGGGGCCAAAUCCAUAACCAGCCGUCUCCAUUGCCAUUGCUUGAGUUUGCAACACUAGGGGCUCAUUUGCCCUUUGGCCAUCUGCCUUCCCUCUUGCAGCUAGCAUGGAGCCACCUCCUUCUGACCUUCACAAUGGUGCUCUUCUUCUCUCCCUUGGUGUCUUAGGUUGAGGCAUGGAUGAUGACCUUUUGCAGAGCAUAUAAACAACUCUGUAACAUCUUUCCCCUUCCCUGCUCUUUAUUGUCUCCUCUGCAUCUUAAAGGCUCACCCCAAGCCUGUCCCAGUUAUCUAGAGCCAUGUAGAAACCCAUGGCUUGAUGCUCCAUGGCCAAACACUCCUGGAACUAUGCAAGUGUGAUCAUUGGGCUGGUGUUUCUUUGCUGGGGCAAUCAAGAGCGCACAAAGCCAUGGGCAGAGCUGCCUGCGCUGGUCUCCGUGGGAUGAGGGUGGUCUGAGGCAUAUGGCGGGCAGAGCAGGGCAGAUGCCCAAAGCAAGGGAGGGAAGGCUUGGGCCGCCACCACACACAGGGACCACCAGGGAUGACGGUGGAGGAUCAGGGCCAAAAGGGGAAGGGGUGGGGAGGCUAGAAACUGACCACAUCGGGGACUAGGAACGUCAUCCAUACCUUUAUCCUUCACUUUGAUUUCCAUAACACAUAAUCAGGACUUAUGCUCCUUCCUUCCCUCCCUCCUUCCCAACUUGCCCCUGAAAAUAAAUACAAGGAGAACAAAAAUAAUUAAUAAGCUGAAAGUGUUCACUUCUGAUCUUGAAUUUCAACUUUUUUUUAACAAAGCAUAAGGGAUUGUGUUUUUACAGACUUACCUUACAAGGUGUAUUUUAUAAAAUUAAAGAAAAUAAAAGUAAAGAAU